UUCUGAACGAGCAGGUAUCACCAAUGAAGGCGUUAUCUGGUCGGGUUCGGGUUCUCAAGAAUUCAAAGCAAAAAUUUCGUCUUAGUUCAAAGAAAAGGCUUGCAAUGAGUUCAGAUUUAUCUAAAGAUAAGAAUGAAGCGUUUCUUAGUGGUGUAGUGGAAGGUGAGUACUGUUUUUUUCAGCCUUUUUCGAGGUCCACUAUUCUAGAUCCUCUUCCUUUGAACGUCUCGGCACCGAAUAUUCAGCCAUAAUUGGAAGACUUGCUUUAUGAUAUGGCGAUGAAAUUUCUUGCUCUCUCUUUUUAAAUCGUUAACAGGUUUCUAUGGCAGACCGUGGACUUAUGACCAAAGAAAAGAGCUCUUUUAUAGGUAAAAGCUUUAAUAGAAUUAAGAAGAUGCAACUACAAAUUAAUUAUAGCCAUGAAAAUCAGGCUAUGAUUCUACCUUGAUUCUCUUCGUUUGACUGUAUGUUUUUAUUUUAGGUAUAAUUUAUAUCUUUCACUCUGUAUUUACUUAUCUCAAGUGCCUAUAGACUUAAUGUAAGCCGUCCGCUUUUUCAGUGGACUCUGGCAACUUUUAUUACUUCGGCGGAGCGCGAAGUAAAGGUUUCGCGACGCUCAGGAAUGUAUCAAAGUUACAAUUUUUUGACAAGAUUGGGCAUGCAAAGUCUGUAGGUUUUCGGUUUUAUUCGGCUUUUUGACGAAGUGAGAGCCGAAUUAAUUCGAGAUAUCUCGAGAUCCCUUCGAUUUUUUUAUUUAUUCUUUAACUUUUUCAAGGAAGAAAGAAUUAUUAUUUUGGCCUUCCCGGGGUUUGAACCGACUCACCUGUGUGACCCGUCAGAUCAGAGGAGAUUCUAAGUUGAGGGAUUAGCCGAUUGCGCUACUGCGACCCAAGGUAAUUUGGGAUAUGAAAAAUAGUUAUGAAAUGAUGUACUAGUUUCGGGACAAGAUUGGGCGUGCAAGUUCGUGACUUUUCGGCUUGUUUCAACUAUUUCACGAAAUGAGACCGGACUACUUCGUGAUAUCUUGAGAUCACUUCGAGUUUAGUCUUUAAUUACUCGAGGAAUAAAUAGAGGAUAUUUCAUGGCCGCGCAGAGACGCAAAAUUUCUCUUCGAGUAAAAACAUUUCACGAGUGAGCCCUCCUUUCUAACUGUUUUAUGAUGAAUUUAAAGUUACAAAAUGCUGCAAAAAGACAUUUUAUUUUGUCUUUGUUGAGUUUUACGUAGUAAAAUUGCUUUCAUGCGUUGCGUGACUUUCUCGAACGUUCUCUUCGUUUUUGGAUUACCAUGAAUAAUUAAUUAGGGCAUAGAUUUGCAUCAGUUACUGAAAUCAUAAAAUAUGUCGAAAAGCUACUACUAUUCGCCUGUUUGGUAUUUUCUAGAACCUUAUGUCAAACGGUAUACAAGUUCCAAGCGAGUUCUUUUGACGAACUAAGUUUUUUCCCACGAACUGGACUGCUGUGUUUAGUCAAGUGUGACGAAGGUCGAUUUUCAGGCUCUGUGUUUACAAGUUCGCGGAAGCCGCAAGAUAUCCGAAGUUCAAGUGACAGUUUGUUAUUAUUGGUAGAGGCUGUUUAGUUUUACUUAAAGUUCGGGUCAAGUUUGUGUUGGCGGAUGCUGUGUUUUAAAGCUCUGUAAAGGCUAUCUUUUCAGAGCUUUAACAACUUCCUUGUGUUAAUCCGACAUCCCUGCGUGCUGAUAGUCAGUGAAUAAUUAUCUUCAAAACAUUCGAACUCGUGACUUUGAUUUUUAGUUAAUUCCAAGCUCAACGUAAUUGACUCCUUACCCAUGCCUUACAUAUCUUUAUUUAGUACAUGAGACUGCUAUGCUGUUUUUGAAGCCUGAUGUGACUAAGAAAAAUAGAGAAUUGUUUUUUUUUGAAGGAUUUGUAUGGAGUCAUCAGUGCAUAACUGGGCUAAUAUCUCGGAGACAAUUUGUCCCGAAAUGCUAGUUUUUGGCAAGUAGGCCUCUUGGAUGUUGCUCUUUUCAGAAUAUCCUGACAAAUCCCAUAAUUUCACAAAUUAACACCUUACUCUUACCAUAUUUGAUUUCUUACUAUUCCUCCGCAUUUACAAUUAGUUCCACAACAACGACGCCGAAGUGUACGCUCUGUAGCGUCUUGUUCUUCAACGUUCCAAGCGUAAUACGAGAGUUUGUUGCGGGCGACAAGGAGGAGCCCGCAAUCCUAAUCUCCAGGGCCGGGUUGUUCGAAGCUGGGUUACAAGAUGACCCAGGGUUAGUGCGAAAUUUGAACUCAGGUAUGAGAGCUCAAAAGACAAUUAAUUCUUGUUGUCUACCAUUAGAUGAUUUGUGACCGUGCACGGGAAAACGUACCUUAACGCUUAUCCGUUAGACAAGCAAAAGCGUUAAGCAUCCGUUAGUCAUCCGUUAGAAAGUUUUCUUAAGAACGUUAGAGGCGUUAGCCCAGCCGUUAGACCUUAGCAUGAGGCCGUUAGAACGGACAGUGUAACCGUUAGCAAGAGACAUGUAUCCGUUAGCCGUUAGCAUCGGACCGUUAGACGGGUCAGCAUAACCGUUAGCAAAAACUCUGCAUCCGUUAAUGCGGCUAGAGAAGCCGUUAGGAUCCGUUAGAAUAAACUAGCAUCCGUUCAACGGCCUUCAUACUAUAAUUAUUAUACACGAUCCAAAAACAAACCACGUUUGCGAAAAGUAAAAUCAUAACAACGAUCGACAUUAUAUGAACUGUUUAUUUAUUCGGCAAAGUCCGGUUGUUUCGAGAGCUUGUAUUUUGUACUGUAAUUUCUGAUGAAAGGAAAGUUAAAAAUAUCUUAUAAAUGCCAUAAAAGGAUAAAACAAACACGGAGAAAGCUCGACCAAAAUGGCUAUUGCGAUGAAUAAAGGGUUCAAGUAAACACUGAUCACAAGUCAUGUCAAGAACUUGUGCUCGUGUUUAAAUCACGCAACAAUGGUUGUCAAAAUGCUAAUUUGUGGCGAUUGCUACGACCUGCAGGUGGGAUCCCAAAUGAUCAAUAACCUUCUUCCGUUUCCUUUAAUCGCUAUUUGCAAUCAUUAAAAUAAUUAAGUGGUCUUUGUCGUUCGAACUGAAGUAGAAUAAUAUUAUUUGGUUUCAAUUCACAAAGUGCGGGUUCAAAAAUUUGCAUAAAGUUGUUUACAUUUUCCAAGAUGUGAGAAACGGCCACAUUCCGGCGGAAAGGUUGAUGAAUAUUUUGAUAGACUUUUGUCUAACUCUGAAUCAGACGAAACUAAUUUUAAACUACAUGCAUGUGACGAAAACAACUUUAUCUGGUGAAACCAGCGCCAACACGUCGUCGCUUCGAGACUCGUGACUUCAAAAGGCAGCGCUUUUCGCAUGCUCGGUCAAGAUAGAAAGCGUAAUCUUUCGUGAAUCCACGGCUGGCCCAGGUAAAACAGUUACUUUAGAAAAACUCUUGACAGAGUCAUGGUGUAAAAAUAAGUACAAGCGACAAAUCCAUUUGAGUAAAACAAAAAAUGUUCCCCACGACUGGCGAUUAAAAUUGUUUACACACAGGUUUAGCGACGUUAGGUUUGCUUCUCACACGAUAUAAAGGACUCGAAUUCUGAGUUUCUCCGUCUCGAUGAGAAAGUGAAAGUUUAUAUCCCUGAGUUUUGCUCUCGAUUAAUGCUCACCGUGGAAAUAAUUUUUUUAAUGCUUGUCUCAUCGACAACUGAUGAAAUCGGCACUUUAUAACUCGUUUUUUUUUAAAUCGCGAGUGUAAGACUAGUAAUGGUUUUGCACGAUCAUGUGUUUAUAACAUCGGACUGAAAGUAACUGUUACGCUAUUCGUUUGUCAAAAGUCCUUAGAUGUAAACUGUUAGACAAACGUUAAAAGUCCCUAGAUGUAGAGCGUUAGACAACCGUUAAACGGCUCCAGUCAUCCGUUAGAACAAACUGCGUAACCGUUAGAACAUUUUCUUCAUCCGUUAGACAUACUUAGUUGGCCGUUAGACCGUUAGGAGAAAGCGUUAGAAGGUUUUGAUCAUCCGUUAGGCACAACUAGAUAACCGUUAGAACGUUAGGACAAAACGUUAGAAUGCUGUGAAGGCCGUUAACAAUCCAUUAGCUAUCCGUCCGUUAGAGAGCAUUUAACGGAUAAGCGUUAAGGUACGUUUUCCCGUGCACGGUCACAUUUGAUACUCUAAAAUAUAUAUAGAGAAUUAUCCGAGAGACUACUUUUGAUGAAAAGGAAAAGAAGCCUGGGUUAAAAUUUAACCCUGGGUUAGCACCAACCCGCGUUGGAACAACUGGGCCUUGUUGUUCGAAGGCCGAUUAGCGCCCAGGGUGUAAGGUAAGCCGGGUUUCUUUUUUUUUUGUUCAAGCAAAAAAUUUUUAGAUAAUUUUCUCUUUUUUUUUUAAGAGUAUCCAAUCAUCAACUUGUUGAGAAAAAGAAUUAAAGGGAAUUAAACUUUUUAAGCUUUCAUAUCUGAAUUCCACUUUCGCACUAACCUUGGGUCAUCUAAACCCAUCUUUGAACAACCCAGCCCGGGUUCUUAUUGUGCAUGCGUCACAUGUCUGUAGCCAGUAUUCGUUUGGACUUGCAAUUUGAUCACGUAUGUAUCGACCUUCUUCCCCUUGUACUCUUAUCACGCGUCUUUUGACCAUCUGUCAAGUGAAAUCUACACAAAGCCCAGGGUUGGAGCAAAAGCAUUUGGACCUCCAAUCAUUGUCAUCCACACUCCCUAACCUUUGGUUAUGACUAGUAUAGGAAUUAAACCCAUCAACAAUAGAUGAGCAUGGGGAAUGGUGCCUGAACAAGGUGGAGGGACAACUACCACGCACUGUCACUGAAAAUCAGUAGAAACUAAAAUACUUAUCAUGCCAAGAGGGAUGGGCAGGUUGAAGGCAAAAUCAAUGAAAAUUGCAGAGUAGCAUUAAACAAACACAGAAUGUCCUGAUAAAAUAAAUAGGAGUGGCUUAUCAGCAGUUGCCUGUGCCACAGGAAUACCAGAUUAGGAUGCGUUCUGACAAAUGAGAUGAAGUAUAAAUAUUUUGUGUGAAAUGACAAUAUUAUUGUCGCAGUGGUUAUUUCAAUUUAAGCAAUUGCAAAUAAAGCUGAAAUAUAUCUUUGGGACUUCAACAGGAUUUGAACCCAUGGCCUUUGAGUACCGAAAAUUUUUUCAGGAUUAUUUGCAAUUGCUUGAAUUGUGACAACCACUGUGACAAUCAUAUGUUCAUUCAAAGUUUGUGUUUCUGCAGUUCACAUUGUCUUCAUGUUUCAUUCCUUUCACAGUUUUAAGAUUAACUCAACCAAUUGGCCUGCUCCCAAUGUAUGGGUCUUCAUAGCUCUAACGGUAUAGCACUGCAGCGCUAAGGCAGAGGCCAUGCGUUCGAGUCCUGUUGAUGUCCAGAAAACUUUUUUCGGGUUUAUUUGCAAUUGCUUAAAUUGCAAUAACCACUGCAACGAUCAGAUCAUCAUUCAAGAUUUGUAUUUUCGCAGUUCACAUCAUCUUCAAAGUAUUAAUAUUGUUACUUGGUGUUGUUGUCUUUCGUUCUACGAAGUUUUAGCAUGAUUUGAGCAGUAUAGUAUCUUCUUAUCUGACAGUAUAGAAGUAGAGAGUAGGGAGCACAUAAUCGCCCAAUCAGCCUUCAGACCAUCACCUGCUUCGAAAACAGCUCCUUACACCACCUGCAUAUGUAAUUCACAAAAUGAUGCCUGAAGAUCACCUUUCUGCAGUUAGCCUAUGUCUAGCUGUAUCCUAUGUAUCCACAAGUUCCCCGUAGUUUUAUGUUGAUUUAAAAUCAUUUAUUUUAAUUUUUAUUAAAGGAUAAAAAGUCUGGGAAUGAAUACUUAUUUGUAUGCUCCCAAAGAUGAUCUCAAACAUCGGGCUUUGUGGAGAGACCUUUAUGGUCCCGAAGAAACAGGUAGAGUUGUUUAACUUACAGUUGUAGUUAUUAAGGAAAGAACUUCAUUUUGUGAAAAUUGUAGUUAUUAUAUUCAAUAAUGAUAAUUAUUUGUAUUUAAUUCAAAUGAUGGACACAAUGUCUUAGAAACACAGUUUCAUCAAGAAUGAGAAAGAAGAGUUAAGAAUUUAGAAUUACACUGUAAUUAAAAAUUAAGAAUUAGACACAUUUUAGGCCGUAAUGAGAAAAUAAUUAUGGUGCAUACAGUGUAAAAGAAUACCAAAAAGAAGAAUGAAAAUCAUAGCUGAAAGUUUUUAAAAUACAUGUAUACAGUUGAAAUUUUACUUGAUUGUUCUUGAUUAAAGUUAUUUAAAUUCACAAAGAGUACAGACAUAGAAAUAGCAAGAUUGUUUGUUUGCUUGUUUUCAGAAAAUUUAAAGCAGUUGAUAGCAUCUUCAAAGGAAUGCGGAAUAACAUUCUAUUAUGCGUUGUCUCCUGGUCUGGAUAUUUCAUUUUCAAGUUCAAGAGACAUUCAUUUGCUUCAAAGGAAAAUGGAUCAGGUAUGACAUAUAUAACUACAGGUUUAAAGCUACUUGCGUGCAGCCUUCAGUUGUUAUAGAGCAGUUCCUGAAAUUGGUUGCCCACUGAUUAACUACAUUUAUGAAUAGUAAUUGUGGGCGACAAGAGGAGCCCACAGCCUAAUCUUGACUUGAUCAGCAGCACUUUAUUAACUGUAUAGCGAGAUUUAUCUCAAUCUAUCCACAUUCUUGGCAUUGCCAUGUUCUUCCCACUAACAUGCAUGGUAUGUGGCCGAAAAGGCCCCGGUGUUGAGUUCAAGGUCCGUAUGAUGUCAAGGUAAUCAUGUGAAUGCAAAUGCAAGUGAUGCAACACUUGUUAUUACAUUCGAUUCCCAAACACACGUUAUUCAGGUACACAAGUACUGUACUAAAUGUGAGACUGUACAAUUCGCUAUGCCAGCCUGGAAUCUAUUUACCCAGGAAAAUGAAAGUAGAGUGUGAUCCAGACUUAGUGCGUAACAAGUUUUUGGUAAUAUACGAGUGUUAGCAAAGUCCAGAAAUCGAUGUAAGUUUGUUCAGGUUUUACAACAGUACAUGGUUUUUACAUUUUUAUACAUUUCCAAGCAUUUUACGUUACGUCACUUGUCAUCCUAGCGAAAGCUUCAAUAAGCUUUAAACUUCCGUGGUAAUUUGAGCUGUUUCAUUAUUUUCUAUUGCAUAUCAACAGCCUUUGGUCAUUGGAAAUGAAUUGAAUAUUCAAUUGAAGUUAAAUAAGAUUUUGUACAGUCAUGACUGUAAACAUGCACUUCUAUGUCUAUGUCUUGUGUCACGCAUUACUGUUUUACCAGCGAAUACAACCCUCUCCUCAGUCCUCACUAUUUGUAUAGGUAAUAGCAUGAUUUGUAGUGAUAUUUGGCAUAAAUACCACGAGUGAUAUUUCGAAAUUGUUAUACGCAAUUUCACGAGCCGUUAGGCAAGUGAAAUUUGAGACAAUUUUGAAAUAUCACUAGUGGUAUUUAUGCCAAAUAUCACGCACAAAUCAUGCUAUUAGUUGUUUAUACUACUACCCGCAAGAGGUUUGUAAUUUUUGCAUGUAGUAGUAUAAGCAGGCUAAUUGUAUCUAAGCAAAUGUGAAUAAAAUCAUUGAAUAAAAUAUGAGUCUUGUUUACUGCAUUUUUCAAUGCAGUUUUCAUGAUCGGCAGUGAUAUCCUUUUGUUGACACUGGAACUAAAAGGGCUUACACAUUAUGAAAGCGGUUUUCAUCAGUCACAUCUUCACACGCAUUUCCUAGCCACCGGCUACUACUACAUGUAGUCAUAGAUUAAUGACUCGGUUCAAGUUUUCGUAGCUUUGCCAUUGAGCAUUAUUUGGAAAUAGGCUAAAGGUCAUGAAAACAUUUUUAAAAAGGUAUCCUUUCUGUGCUCUCAGCAUGGACAGCUUCAUAUUUUAAAAUGUUUUAUUCCCUCCCAUAAAAAGCCCUAUUUUGUCAAAAGAUAUGUGUAUCACGAAAAACUUUCAAAAGCAUGGCAACCUCAAGAGUAAUCCUGCCUUCUUACAUGACACAACAUGAGGUUUACAGUGAUCAAGAGGCUUUAGCAACAGAAAGAUACACUGUAUCAGGUUUGUUCUUUCUUUUUUUAAUUUAUUACUAUUUUAUUCAUCUUUUGUCAGGUUCAGAAGCUUGGAUGUGUGGCUUUUGCUUUGUUAUUUGAUGAUAUUGAUCCUCAGUUACAUGGCCCUGAUGUUGAUGCAUUCUCUUCAUUUGGAGAUGCACAGGUGGAAGUUACCAAUAACGUAUAUAAACAUCUGGGGUGUCCAAGCUUUCUCUUUUGCCCAACAGGUAACUUCUCCCCAUGUUACUUCAAUUACAAGUGGUUUUUGUAAAAUUCCGUCUGUAUUGUAUCGUACAAUUUUCCUUAAUUUUGUGUUUCAUAGGGGUACAAAUGUAUAUCUUAACUCCAACUAUUAAAUUAGCUUUAAGUGAUGUUGUUUUUCUGCAAGAUAAAAGCUGGAGACUUAGAGGUUGUUAUUGUUGUUGUCCAACACAAAAAGAGAAAUUUUGUAUCUCCAGCUGAUUGUGUAAUGUUACUGGUAUAUAUAUAUUUUUAUUUUUAACACCGAUGAAACACCAAACUAUUUCAUUCUAAUAACUUCUUGUGGCAAAAGUUGUUAAUUUAUUAUGUAGCCAAAGCAACAGUGAUCUUUUCAAGGACAGGUGUAUAAGGAUAAUAUGUUAUUUUCACAAUGUUUUCAGGGAAAGGCGUACCUAGUAUUUCAUUAAUAAAAAAAAAAUUUUAAAUUUCAUCUGAAGAUACACGUACAUUUACAUUUCCCCUACCCUUUUUUUCCAAUUUUCACCUUGUUUGUGUAUGACGUUAUUGGUGUAGUGUAAAUAAAAGUGCUCUUGCCAACUUGUAGUGACUGUAUUAGUAUUAUUAUUGGCAUUUAGAGUACUGUGGCACAAGAGCUGUUCCAACUGUUGAGACAUCAGACUACUUGAUCACUUUGGGAAAUAAACUUGAUCCGAAGAUCAACAUUAUGUGGACAGGUAAACUGUUUUGAAAUGAAAAGAUUUUGUUUGAUUUUCAUUUUGAUUUAUCUGUUGAUGUGUUUUGGCAUUGUUGUCAACAUGUACUGUUUCAUUUAGCAGUGUUGGUGAUGGACAUUCCUGAUUCUUCUAUGCUUGGUUGAAGGUACAGUUACAUCUUAGUUUUUCCUUUCCUGCCAGCCGGCCAGCUAGCCAAACAGAAUCGUCCAAAAGCUGACAUAAAUUAUUCAUGACUUCAUGUGUUUCAUUUAUAACUUCAGUGCAUUCUUUAGUUUAAAGUUCCUCUGAUGCCAGUAUUGGUUUGAUCAGAGAAAUUUUGAACCAAUAAACAACAAAACAAGCUAGGUCAUAUAACUUAUUUAAACAAGAUUUUAAAAACUGUGUCAAAUUAACCAACUCAAAGAAAGUUUAAUUUCCUUUAAAAUAUAAACUGUAACCCAGAACAUGCCUGCUGGAUUACAUUUCCCUAGCCUCUUGCAGGAGGUUUGACCUCUUCGAAGUCAAAUUGCUUUUCAAGCAACUUUUUCUAUCAAACGUUGACGGAAGUUAUCUGGCACACUUUUCAUGAGUAAACAGUGUUCCCUUGUCUAUUUGGAAAAUUGUAGCACAGUAUCUCCAAUGAAAUAAUUAUGCCACCUUAUUCUGAUUUUCUCAAAAACAGGGGAAGUAUGUCUUGCAAGCAUGUUGAUGUGCUAAUCAAGUGCGCACAGUAUGCAUAUUCCAGGUUUGGUUAUUACUUUGCAGUCUGCCAGUCUUAAAAUGCUACCAUCCCUUUGUUUCAGGGUUAAUUUAACUAAUCCCAAAACUGAAAACAAAUUUUUGGAACCUCGUUUCCAGUGCGGCUCGCCAUUUUGUUUUACAACUCCUUCACUCUCGACUACCGGUAAUUUAACUUAAACCAAAUAAACUGCACCAAUUUUCUCAGAAAUAAAGCUCAAGCCUCUCAUGGCUUUUCAAUGGUCAGUUAUGUCAAAAAAGUUUGACUGUCAGUGAUGUUUUUUGCAGUUGUUGCAAAAUGAGUAGACCAAUACUGGUAAUUAUCAGCGAGACCUACAGUCUGUAAGGACCCAAUUUGUUGAUGCUUGGCUCAAAGCUGUUUUGUUUUGUUAAUCAUGAAAUAAAAUCUUUGGCCUUCUUUUUUGUAACUGCAAAUUGACAUUAUGGCAAAUAACAUUGAAAGUAUAGGCUUCUUUUAACACGCAGAAGGCUAUCUUGAGUUUAUUAAAUGAAACCAUUUUGCUGAACAAAAUAUGAAUGGAACGUUGUAACAGUGGGUCUUCAUACCCAAACACGUAUACUGAGAUAAGUAUCAACAUUAUUAUGGUGGCAGAAAGGUUUUAUGUAGUAACAAAAGAUUGGUCCUUCUCUGUGUCAUGGAACAGUUGAAACACAAUAAUAUUCAAUUUCAGUGUUUGUUUUCCCUUGAAAGCUGGAAACAAAGACAGAUCCAGAUCUAUUUCUCUUUCAAAAUUGUGAUUGGGUUAGAGUGGCAAAGUCAACCUGAAAGAGACAUUUGUUUUCAUAUACAAUGUACAUGUAGCUGUAAUAUAUUCCUCCAGAAUGGCAGAGAAAUGAAAAAUUAUUCCUCUGUCAGUAAAUUUGAUUGUAAAAGAAAGAGAUUUGCCCACAUCUAAUCUUCUUUGUUUCCGCUUACAGAAGAACAAAGAUUGAAUACAAUAUUAUUUUUAUUUGCAUUUUGCAGCAUGGUGCUUUGCAUAAAUGCUUUUUACAUUUUUGUGAUGUCUUGUGAUUGUCCAGUGUUGUCGUUGUUGUUUUGUGGUCUCUGUGUAGUGUUGAUCUGUUUUGUGUGGUAAAUGGUUAUACAAACCAACCCAGUGACAAAUGUUCUAGUUUUCUGGGCUGCAAAAUUGCAAGGUUAGUCCCAAAUGAAGAGAGUGAAGGCUUUGUUUUGUCUAAUGGCCAUGUCCAUCUAAACUCUCACGUAUUUCAUGAUGGUAUUAUCUCAUAAGCCUAGACUGCAUUGUAACUGACCCAACUUUGAAUAUCAACUGGCCUGCAGCGUGCAAAGGAAGUAGUGUCCGAUAGCCUGGAGCUAGUGGAUUUUGCUAUAGGGCUAGUUAUUUUGUUGUUAACUUGCCUGACAAGCAAGUGAAGUUUUUUGAGGAAUUCAAGUAACAGAAGAACUUUAAAAUCAAUUCUGCUCAUCAAAAUGCUUUGGGGCUAGUUGAAAUGACGUUUGGGCUAUUAUGUGCUAGCUUCAGCUUGCCCGAAUGGCAAGCUUUAAAAAUGACUUUCUUUGCACCAGUGGCCUGCAAAUACAGCCAUCUCUCCUCACUCCUCCCUGCUUGGGACUUUUCGUGGGAGUGACUUCUGCACCUCAGCAACAGAAGUACCAUACCGAUGACAUAAAUCAGUGUUUUCAUAAUAAUAUUAAUCUGGUAGUCAUGGGGCUCCAAAUGUAAAUUUAUUCAAGUUAAUGUUUUUCCUCCUCUAUUAACUGUGAAUGAGUACCAACUAAAUGCAAAAUGCUUCUUUUGAAGAGGAGUAUACUCCAGGAAUAUUGACUGUUUGUUGGUAGAUUUGUCACAUUUACAUUCAAUUUUGAUCAUUGUGACCAUUUUGUCUUUUGACUGUCAUAAGUGAAAAUAUCAACAAAAUAUUAUUACUACUUAGACCAAUCAGAGCUCCUGACCAGAUUCUUGACAGGCUUUAGGUCAUCAGUAUGGCAUUUCUGUUGUUGAGGCACAGACAUCUCUCCUGUAAACUGUCCCAAGUGGCAAGAAGUGAUGAGAGACAGCUGUAUUUGAAGGCUAAAGAUCAACAAGAGAAUUCAUUUCACUUGCCUUCAAUGCAGGAAACUAAAGCUUGAGCUUGAUGGAGGUUGUCACCCUGGUCAGAGAACUUAGUUUUGACCAUUUUCCAAAGUCUGUGCUUACUGUAGCUGAUAAAAGUAAUGAUUUGAUGAAACUAUUAAUUGUGAUCCACCAGCAACAAACUCCAUUGGCUUUAUGCUCUACUUUCACUGUUUGCAGGGAAUGAAUUGAGUUGGUUAGUUUUUUACAAUUGCCAAUUACCAAGAAUUAGUUUUCUGAUGUGAAACAAAGUGCUGGCUUAGGGAAAGAAAGACUAGACGUGCCUGUAUAUAGCAGCCUGUGUGUCUCUCUGUGUGUGUAAUCACACAUAUCACAAUAUUACUCUUAUCAUGUUGCUUCACUUAUUUUUAGGACCAAAGGUAGUCUCCAAAAUAAUUAGCACUCAAACUAUUGAGACCCUGACAAAUGUGCUUAAACGAAGACCUGUCAUUUGGGAUAAUAUCCAUGCAAAUGAUUAUGAUCAAAGACGAGUGUUCUUGGGUCCAUAUGAUGGCAGGCCAGUUGAGCUUUUCCCCAUGUUGAAUGGUGUGCUGACAAACCCUAAUUGCGAGUUUGAAAGUAACUUUAUCGCUGUCCACACUCUUGCAUCAUGGCUGAGGGAUGCAUCAUUAGUUUCUGCAGAGGAACCAAUGAACAUUGAUCCUAAGUCAAGUGGUUCUAUGGAACCAAUGGAAGAAGAUCUGUCUAAUGUUGAAGGAAGUGUUAAUAGCGUUUCUGGUGAAAAGACUGAUCAGGAAGAUUCUCAGGAUGGUGCUGCUAGUGGAGCAAGUAGUGAGGUCGUUAAAGUUGAAGGUCAAAUGGACACAGAAAGUGUUGCUUCAUUGGGUAAAAGUGUCUCAAGUCGCACAUCUUAUGAUCCUCAAAGUGCUUUGCAAGAAGCAGUGUCUGCCUGGCUUAAGGAAUUUUCUAAAGUAAAGAGUGCUUCCUCCAGAACCUAUGCUAAGAGCGGUCCCUAUAGUAUGACCCCAGAGCCUAUGCCUGUGCAAGCACAAGCUCCCAUUACAACGAGUACAAAAACUACAAGCACUACAGUUCCUGUGUGUUCCCCUGUGGUAACUCCUUCCCCUAUCAAGGUUGCAAAAGAGAAUAGCAGAAAAAAACUUAACAGCUCAUUGUCUCCAGGUAAGGUAGCAUCUUAUUGCAUGUCAGACUAAGAUUUUGAUGCUUGGUAAUAUGGCAGUCACUAUGAUAGGCCACUGUUUUAGAAAAACCCUGCAUACAUGAAAGUGUCCUCAUGUCACCUACCAGACUUGCGUUCUGAGUAUUUUUUAAUUAACUUCCCAAGCAAAAUGAUUUUUAAUACAAAAUUAAAGAUUCAAAGAAGGAGUAUUAAUAUGUACAAUCAAACCUCUUUAAUACGGACACCAAAGGGACAGAACCAAGUGUCCACUUUACAGAGGUGUCUGUAUUUUGGAGGGAGGGAAUGUAUGAUUUUUGGCUUUUCUGGGACCAAACAAACUGUCCGUGAUAGAAAAGUUAGAGGUUAGACUGUAUUUGACAAACUUGACGCAAAAUUCCCUUGAUUACCUGAGCACUGUGUCAGGCUUUGGUGAUUUCAGUGCGUGUACUCAUCAGUCGGUCAGCAGAGAUGUUUUGGAAGGACGGGCGCUCUACCAUUCAAUUUUUUCAUUUUCAAAGAUUCUGUGACAAAUCACUUCAUAGGUUCAUCUGACAUAAAUAUUUAUGUUCAAUGUUGAGAAGUGUUUCUCUUUCAAACAGUGGGUUGCGUCAUCCAUGUGGCAUCCCUCUGGUUCUUCAUGCUAGAGUUUUUAAGUCUAUAAUUUUUAGUAUGUUUCUGCAUUGCAUUUCCAUGAUUUCACCACAACUACACACAUGUAUGAUUUAAGUGGACCCCCCCCCCCUCCUCCUUCCCCCUCCUCCUUGUUACAACCACCUCAUUAUUGCAACCAUAUUCUUUCAACCUAAAUGUAAAGACCACAGAGUCACUUUCUUUUUAUUUUGGAGACCCUGUUAAUAGGACCACCUUGUUAUUCAACCAGGAUUUUAUUGCCCAGUGUUGGUAAAUUUAUAGGGUUCUGUUGUAAUACUAUGAAAACUAUUAAAUGUUAAGCCAGUAUUAAAACCAAUAGAUUGGUUUCUGUUUUCACCAUACCCUUGCUUUGUAGCGCGACUUAAUCUUCUAAUAUUGUAUCGUUCAAAAUCACAUAGAAAAGAAAGUCGAAGAGAGUGAAAAGAAAGAGCAGGAGAUGAUGCCAAUGGAUAUAAUUGAACAAAAGGACAAGCCUGCGAUGACACCACUCAGUGCUGAUGACCUUCUGCUGUUGGUAGAUUUAUUCUACUUACCCUACAACCAUGGUCAGAAGGCCAAGCAGAUCAUAGCUGAUUUUAAGUGGCUCAAAUUUAAUGCUAUUAAGGAAGAUUCAGAGGAGUUUAUGGAACUUACUGAACAAGAGCAGAAAACUAAGGUAUGAUCCCCAGUAUUGCACUUCCAAAAUAAAUACCCAGGGCAAUCAGGGUUGUCAGAAAGUUUUGAAGUAGACGGCUUAGUUGUCAAAGUAAGCAGCCAGACCAGGGAUAUUUUGUUUAAAAAACAUCAUCCAUAAAGAAAUGCUAAGCAGACUAGCUGGCCAAUACUAACCAAGCAGCAGCCGGCUACUUUUGACAACCCUGGGCAAUAUAUGUUUUAAUAAUUUGCAAUAACAUAUCGAGACUUUUAAAUUGCAUUACUAACCUUUUAAAAUUUGCACUGUAGUAGCUUAACACUACUGGCUAUACAGGAAAACACUAGCCUCCCCCGCCUCCCCCCCCUCCCCCCCCCCACCCCCAUCUCUGAAGAAGACCAAUCUUGAUAUCUGUGGUUUCAAGUUUUCAAUACCACUUUAAUUGUUAUUUGGAUCUGAGACAAAGAAAAAUUAAAACUAAACCAGUUUGAAAAAUGCUAAGUCAAAGAAAGAGUUCCCAGGUUUCAGAGAUUACGAAGUUCAAAGGGGAAAGUGCAGACAAUAUAGUAACAUCUGGAUGUAAUAUAACAUCUGUAACAGCAGUGAUGAUUUUCAAAUACAAUAUUUAAAAUUGUGAUGACAAAUAUAUACGCUAAUCUGAGCUGUUGCACAUAUAAUACAUUUUGAAGUACAUUUUGUAAGUUGCCAAUAUCUUAUUUUGAUGAGUACAAGCUAUACUUAGAUAAAGUCAUUGAUUACUGAAACAUUGUUAAAUCUUUCUGUGAACCCUAGUUGACUGAGUGGAAUGACAGAGCUGAGAAGUUCCAUGAAAUCUGUCGGUCAGUUAAAGAAAUGUUUGUGCGACUGACAGAGACGUCCAAUAGGGCACUGCUGUAUGACCUUUAUCCAUAUGUGUGGGAUGUCAAGGAAGUCUUGCAGCUGCUGGAUACAUUUGUUAGUUGGCUGAGCACCAAGAACAGGAGAAGGAAGCAGAAAGAACAAAGCUUUUUCCCUGAGGACCCUGAAGCAUGGGUGUUUAGGGGAGGACUGUGUGGAGAGCUGCAGGUAUGUGGUGGUUGUGGGCAUGAAGAGAGGUAGAAUAGCGGAGUAGUUAAGUUGUGCGUAACCCAUAAGUUGCAUACAUGCACACAACUGAAACUUGGUUGUAAUUUAAUACAACUACUGAACGUGUAGGAGUACAGUGGCUGUAUUUGAACACUUGCCUUAGAGACAAACAAAACACAACAGUGUGACCAAAACUUGACCAUCAUUUAUUUUAUGUAGGUCAGUGUGCCUGAGAUACACUAGAGCAUAGUACAGCAAUUAUGUGUUUCAUGAUACCAUUCAAUACCAUUUUUGUAGAUGUAAGCCAUUUUUUUCAAGGAUUAAGCAAUAUUUACAAUUCUUGUUUCUUUGUUUACAAUGUCGACACCACCCUUUUUCAACUGAUAAGGAACAUUUAAUUGUUCAAACUAAAUAUGGAGCAGCGAAAAACAAUUCCACUUAUUUAAAUCUUGAAAUUUGCCAGAAUCAGAGGUCAUAGAUGUGUGUGCAUGUAUACAGCUAUUUCAAGAAAGGUUGUCAGAAAAAGUGCAUGUGACAAUCCCGAAAGGUAUUAUGGGUGGUUUUGAGUUCACUGUUCUUCAAAUACAUUUGCAAGAAUGGCACGAGAGGCCAUGGAAUUAUGUUUGCGAUUACUAAAGGAAAGCAACAAAAGUGAGUUUGACAGCUACAUCGUCAGGAAAAGUGUAUCAAUCAUAUCCCAUAUUACCUUUUGGGUUUGUCGCAUGCACACUUUUUCCGACAACCUUUCUCAAAAUAGCUGUAUUUGAGAUAAUACAGUCAGUGGAAGCUUUCAUGAGCAGACACCUUCGGGACGUGAAAAAGGUGUCUGUACAGUGAUUUUGUUACGUCUGCAUCCUGCAUCCCUGACGCAUAAAAAUCCCACAAGACGAGCAAUAAUUUAUGGCAUGCGUGCCAUAGGACGUAAAGAACGAUAGAUCGAUUUGAAGGUCUUUUGGUAGAAUAUCCUGUUCAUGUGAUUUCUGUGGCUGUUGUUUAAUGAUGCAUAUUUAUUUUAGUCCUUUUUGUGCUUAAAAUGUAGACAGACUACAUUUUAAUCUCAGUAAACUGCAAUCAGGAGGUUUGGCAUCUGUCUCCAGAUUAACUGUCUGGUUACACAAAGGCCCCAAGCAUUUUCAAUUUAGGACUCUUUUUUCUUAUCAACUGGGACUCCCUGGUUAUGGACAGGGACUCGUGAUUUUUCACAAGAUGGGUCCCAUGACUCGCCAUGACUAUUUGCACAAAAUGACUGUCUGUAACUGGAGCUGGCCGCUUACAGAAUGUAAAAAUACAGAAUUUGUAUUUGAGUUGUCAAAAAUAGGGUUUUGUGAAGGCGGCUGUAAGUGGAGCUGUCCGCUUACAUGGGUGUCCGUUAGGAGAGCUUCCACUGUAGUAAUUUACAAUGUACAGUUGUAAAUGUGUUUAAUUUUUUUUAAUUUGUUUACAGCGGCUUUUACCCAUUGAUGGGGGACAUGAAGUAUUCAGCUUGAGGGCUCCAGAAGUUCCUACUACAUGUAUCUCUACUAUCAGACCUUACCAACCUAAUGACGAGGUACACACCCUUUUGAUGCAUUUAUAAUAUUGAGUUGAGUGCCUGAAAUAAACUCACUGAAAAAACCUUACUGCUUUCUCACUAUGAACAAAGCAUUUACAUGGUGCCUCUUACGGGUGCAGCUGUAGUUGCUUUUCUUUUAUUCAAAACACACAGGCCACACACAUUGCCUAUAGACAAUACAAAAAACCUUCAGUCUUGAUUGAUUUGGAUGGUAUGAUUUCUAUGCAUAUGGGAAUGCCAUUAACCCUUUAAGCCCUAAGAGUGAGCAGCAUCAAAUUUCUCCUGGUAUCAAUGCUUUGUAAAAGAGAGUGGUCAUGAGAAUUACAGACAUUAUACCACUACAUGACAAAUUUCUGCAAUUUGAUUGGCUUAGAGCAGUGGUAUUUCAGCUUAAUUUGAAAUACCUACAUGUGAAAAUUACAAACCUUUUGCGGGUAGUGGUAUAAACAAAUAAUAGCAUGAUUUGUACGUGAUAUUUGGCAUAAAUACCACUUGUGAUAUUUCAAAAACUGUUUCAAAUUUCACUCGCCUAACGGCUCGUGAAAUUUCGUAUAACAAUUUCGAAAUAUCACUCGUGGUAUUUAUAUCAAAUAUCACUACAAAUCCUGCUAUUACCUAUACUAAUCACACAAGAUAAAUUUGCUUGGUAUUUUGUCAACUUCUCCCCGCUACUUCUGUAGGAAAUGAAUAGGGACAACAAAUGAGAGUUCAGAUUAUGAUCUUACGGUUUAAAGGGUUAAGGCUGAGAUUGCUCAAGCAUUUUGCAGUAACUAUUUUCAGUGCCAAUCAAGUUGAUUAUUUUUUUCUUUUCCAAAAAUAGUGGUUUACUUGCACAGAAAAAAAGGACUCAUGACAAGGGAAAGACCUUUACAUUAAUGGCAAUUUCUUUUCUCCCUUUUUUCAAAUCAGAAAUCACUGUAUGAAAUUUGUGUGUCAACUUGUGAUGAUUGGCAAGAUGGACAUGAUUUAUUCCCUUGCAAACAAUUCAACAUGGCAGGAGACAGGUUGGUGAUACAGUGGUGUAAGAAUUCAUUUGCAGCUCUCUUACUGCAAUUUGAAUCAGCUUUCUCUGAUUCCAAAUUUGUUGGUGUAUGUCAUUUUCUUUCAGUCAUGUUUUUGAAACUGAAAAAAUAUAGAGCCAUAAAAAAGGGGUCAGAGGAAAAAAGACAGAAGAUCCUUUAUGUACAUUGCAAAACUGUACUGACUGAUUCCAGAGUCUGUUGAAAGGUUUAAACUUUAUUCUUUACUACUAUUGUGCAGUAUGCUCGAUUUUCAGCUAUUUAAGGGAAUUUGAUUUGCAUUCCCCUUCCAACAAUGGGCUAGGCAACCUACAUGUAGGUGUGACUCUUUCCUCUUUAGUAACAUAUUCCUUAUUAUAUAGACACGAGUGUUUUACUGGAAAAUAUACCAGUCGUAAAAUUCAUAAAAACUACAUCCGGGACCCGAGUGGUGUAUUUUCCAUAAUCUUACACGAGUUUAUUGAUGACGUAAUUUUGGUAAUUCCCCUCUAUUAUUUUAUUGAUGUCAUUUUGUCUAUAUAAUAAAAAGAACAUUACACGGCGGCUUGACGAUAUUAAUUUUAUUUUCAAGCGGCAAAAAUUGUUUUGCCACUCGGAAAUAAAAUUCAUAUCUUCGCACCACCAUGUGAUAUCCUCUAAAUAAAGUAAUAUUAACAGUAUGUGAAAUGUAUGAGCUUCAAAGACAUAAAACAAUGGGUGCAUCAUCAAUUAAUUUAAAAGUUAUGAGACGUAUUUUCGAAAAGAACAGCAAAUGUCUCUUUUAGACAUCACCUCCUCACUCCCUGCAGUCUUGGUAGGAGCACACCAUGCGGCAUUUACUAGACCAGGCCCCAGUUGUUCAAAAGUGGAAAGCACUAUUCACUGGAUAAAUCUCUAUUCACUGGAUAGGGCAAAUUGGUUUCCCUAAUAUUUAUCCACUGGAUAGUGAUUUAUUCACUGGAUAGUGAUUUAUCCGGUGGUAGCGCUAUCCACCUUUUGAACAACUGGGGCCAGCUAAUCAGAGACUUGCCUUCUGGCAGGCAAGUCUCUGAUUGGUUAAAGAUAACAAUAGGCAAGACUAGUAAUCCACCCAAGGAUGCAGGCACACACAAAAUGGCUGGUAAUUGGGCCCAAUUGUGUAGUUGAUUUGCUAAAUUAUUGGACUUUGUUCUUAUUGACAACUAAGCUAUGAUUUGUUUCUUUGUUUUAGGUUUGUUGGUCCUUAUUUGAAGCUCUGCCCUGAGCAUGUGUUUGUUGUUGAGGAUGGUGAUGGCCUUUGUGGUUUUGCAGUUGCAGCAUCUGAUUCAAAACACUUUUAUGAACAGUUUAAAAAACACUGGCUUCCAGAGGUACGUGUAUAUGUAUAUAUUUAUUUAUUUUGCAGGGUUAGUUCUGAGGAACUAGCCUACAUGUAUAAGCACCGUUUCUGGUGUUUUUUUUUAAUACAUCAUUGACAAGAAAAGCAAAUGGUCUUUUUGGAAAAGGGUAAUAGGACAUUUUAUAGGUUGAUGUCAUUUGACUGCAAUAGUGUGCUAAGAAGUAGCAUGAGUUGUAAGGAUGGGAGGCAGCGUGGCCGAGUGGUCAGCACGUCGGACUCGCAAUCCGGCGGUCCCGGGUUCGAGUCCCGCUCUGGCCACUUGCUGGAUUUGUGCUCGGUCGUCCCGAGUUUAAAUUCUCGGCCAUGCUUGUAAAUAGCCAACUGGUUGCCUUUUGCCAGUUGGGGUUUUUAAUCCUGUUAUGUUGUAUUUGAAUUAUUUGUUUCUAAAUAUUUGAGUGGAGUGCCUGUAAAUUAGCUGACUAGCUAAGUGCACCUUCCACUAUAAACAUGCCUUUAACCUUAACCUUAACCUAACCUAUGCUUAACCUCUACUGGUACUGUUGGGUAGCCUGUUAGGGUUAGGAACCAGAAUUCUUCUAAUAAUUACCCUUUUAUUUCACCAAGAUGUCCCUCAACCUUGUAAAUACAGUUUUGUGUUAACCCAUGGUCACCAAUAUUCUAUAACAUUAUCCAUAAUCUUGCCAACAAGGAAUGUGAGAGUUGAUCUUAGGUUCAUUUCUAGGUGUGCAAGAAAUACCAAAUGCCGGAGGGAAAUCCAUCAGAGUGGACCUAUGCGGAACAACUUGCCAAUAGUUUCCACAAUCCAAGUAUCUUUCUUCCUCCAGACUUGUGUAACAAGUAUAGCGCUCAUGUUCAAAUUUAUCUUCUGCCACGUGCACAGGUAUGUCACAGUUAAUUUGCAUUCAGUUAAGCCCCAUUAUCAACAUAAAAAUUCUCUACACUGGUCUCCAUACGUUUCCUUGAAAAACUAGUUGAGAGAAUUUGUUUUAAGGUCAAAGCAUUUUCACUCAAGUUAUCAUUUAAUCAAUUCUCAACAUUUCCAAAGAGUUUUUAAAACGUUUCUUGGCUGAUUUACUGUUUGAUAUGAAAUGUUUAAUUUACAACAUUACAGUGACUUCGAUUUCAGUUAACCAUUCAAAGCAUGACAUUUCUAUUCCUUCGGUGAAAAGGUGCCGAUAAGUGUGGUCAAAGUGCUGGCUGCCACUUUGAACCCUGCUUAAAUAAAAAAUAAAGAGUCUUUGGAGCAAAAAUUUUAAUGAAGAAAACGUUGGGCCUCAGUGCGGCUGAGCGGUCAGAGCACUGGAAUUGCAUUCCAGAGACCCUGAGUUCAAUCCCUGCCCUAACCGCUGGCUGGAUUUGUUCUCAGAUUUGUUCGGUGGACUUGUUCUCGGUAGUCCUGACUCCACUCCUCGACCAUGCUUGUAAAUACAGUCGACUCUCUCUUAAUGGACACCUCUGUAAAACGGACAGCUAGAGUUGAUCCCUGCCUUUCUUGACUCCCUUUAUUUUGACUCUCUAUAAGAGGAACACCUUCGUAAAACGGACAGCUAGAGUUGGUCCCUGCCUUUCUUGACUCCCUUUAUUUUGACUCUCUAUAAGACGGACACCUCUGUAAAAUGGACAGCUAGAGUUGGUCCCUGCCUUUCUUGACUCCCUUUAUUUUGACUCUCUAUAAGACAUACACCUCUGUAAAACGGACACCUAGAGUUGGUCCCUGCCUUUCUUGACUCCCUUUAUUUGACUCUUUAUAAGACGGACACGUCUGUAAAAUGGACAGCCAGAGUUGGUCCCUGCCUUUCUUUACUCCCUCUAUUUGACUCUCUAUAAGACGGACAUCUCUCUAAGACAGACAGCUAGUGCCGGUCCCAAAGGUGUCCUUCUUAAAGAGAGUUGACUGUAGCCAACUUAUUUGCCUCCGGCCAGUUGGAAAUCUUAGCCUUUUAAAGUUCAUUUCGUUUAUGUUUCUGUCCUUAUUUGUGGUCGACGAUGAAAACUACCGUGUUACCAGUAAUUUUGCUAUCCCUAUAUAGUCUUUUUUUUUUUAAGUUUGUAAACAUUUUUUCAUACGGUUCUUUUUUCUUUUUAUUCUACAACAGGACCUUGGUCUUGGCAAGCGCCUCUUAGCUUGUGUUCUCUCUGCUCUAAAAGCUGAAGAUUGCACUGGUGUCCACUGUGAAAUUACACCCACAAACAACAAUGCUCUUGACUUCUACAGCAAACUAGGAUUUUACAAUAUUCAGCUCAAAGAGCAGCCACCACCCGACACCAUGAUCUUUGCCAGAACGCUUUGAAAAAUCACAUAUUUCUGUAGUUAAGUGUUUAAUAUCUUUUAACAUAUAAAACACAUAAGUACAAAUAGAAAUGAUUAAUUUAGAAAAUAAUGUCCAUGGUCACUGUGAGUAUUUGUGUCAGGUUUAACAGUGGGGAAAAGCCACGUUAAAAAAUUGUUGUUGUGAUUGUUCAUCUUGUCUAAAGUGUACAGUGUAAAGUGUUGGGUAUUGUAUGCUAAAAAAAGAAACAGAAAAAGAUGAGAGAAAACUUUAAACAAUUGACCGUGAGGGACAGGACUUGACGAAAAUAUGACAUGUACGUCAUCUUCAAAUAUAUUUUAAUUGUAGGUCGGGAGAGACUAAACGACUACAGUGGCGACAGAGAAAAGUGGGAAUUUCCCCUAAAAUAGUGUACUGUACUGGCUUUUUAUAUUCUUGAGUACUUAAGGGGUUGAAUUCUCUUCUCUCAAAAAAUAAUAUAAAUGUUCAAUGAAUCUUAAAAAAGACCAAAAAGUAAAAUUUGAUUUUUUGAAGUGAUUCAUGCCUGCAAAACACAGAUGUAUAUGUUGCAGUUAAAUUUUUAUUUCAGUUCAUUUUUGUUUUCCCUUUGUUUCAAACUCAUUAGCAUACAUUAUCAUACCUAAAAAGAAUGGAACAUAUAUUUGUUUUGAAAGGUAUCUUAUUUUGUGAAAUAUAAAGUUGGGGUAGUUCUUCCUCAAGUUGCCCAUUGAACACACUACUUCUGUCUACUAGUUUCGUGAUGACCUAUGCAGGUAACUACAGUGGAGCCUCGAUAUAACGAAGUGCUAAGGGACUGGCAAAAUCUGUUCGCUAUGACGAGGUUUCGUUAUAUCAAGGUUGUUUUUCAUAUAUUUUACGUAUUACUGGGAGAAGAUCGUUCGUUAUACCGACGUUCCACUGUAACCAGUGAUUGUUAUAUUAUUGUAUGUCUGAAUCCGUAGAUGGGCAAAAUGAGUCAAAUCCUGAAUUAUGAUUUUCUACCCUGAGCAGGCAAGCCUCUUGCCUACUCGUGAUUUCGCGUGUUGGUCCUGAAAAAAAACACUAUUGUGGCGGCACACACUUGAACAGGACUCAAUGUGUCUUUUGUUCGUUUUUACAUCUUUAUUGACCUCGACUUCGUCCCAGUCGGUAAAAAUGGUCCAAAAAAAGAACUUGACCAAUAUCCGGUUCCUUCUGUAGGUACCGUGGCACAGAUUACUUACAACAUAAGAAACGAUUUGAGCUAAACAAUAUAGCCCUCAGGAGAACUCUAUUUUUGGGUUCCUUUAUUUCUUUUGUGAGGACGUUACCUGCAGAUGACCUGUAUCCAGCCAUCUUGAGCUCACUCUUGGUCAAAAACAGUUAUAGGUUUCUGGGAAACUGCCAACCUACCCCUCCCCAAAGCCAACAUUUUGCCUCAGGUGAGAUGUAAGUGUUGAUGUUGGCUUAGGGGAGGGGUAGGUGGGCAGUUUCCCAGAAACGUAUACGGUAAUGAUCCCGUAUCCAAAACACGUAUGUCCUGUUCAAGGGUGAGAAUUUCCACAUUUGCAUUGCCCAUAAUAAUUAUAGGCUAUUUACCCCAAAAGUUUGCAUAAGCAUGGCUUCAAUUUCUCUUAAAACUUUUGUUAUGCCUAUGUGAAAAUUUGAAGUAAUAGUCGUGAUGUGAGCGGUGCGAAAGUGGCAGAUGUUGCAGUAAUGGAAAUUUUACUAUUGUUUUUAUAUGUGCAACUACCAAAGGGUACAUGUUAAACAAUAAAGAUGGGCUGG